AUAAAGUGGCCAGUUAGUAGAAGCACGAGGGUAGAUGUUUCUAAUAAAGUGGCCAGUUAGUAAGCGUUUCUCAUAACCCUCAGUGUGUCGAACAGCCGUGGUGGGGUUUAGUUAAUUGCUGUCCGACUCCAGGGCUUUUAUUCUGUAAUUUUCUUUUUGCGUGAUCGUCGUGGCCGAGCUUCCCAGUUCUCUUCACAUCAGACGCGCGUAUCGGAGCGGUGGGCCAGACAGAGAAGCUGCUUUAAACCCAGAUUUCCGUCUCUAUUUGUUUCCGAGCUGAUUAAAGAUGCCUCUGAAGUUCGAGCUGUGUCCCGGCCGGAUGGUCGGAGGGAGCCAUCCCUGUUUCAUCAUCGCAGAAAUUGGACAAAACCACCAAGGCGACCUGGAGAAGGCGAAGGAAAUGAUCAAAAUGGCCAAAGACUGCGGUGCCGACUGUGCGAAGUUCCAGAAGAGUGAACUGGAGCACAAGUUCAACCGGCGCGCUCUGGAGCGGCCCUACACGUCCCAGCACUCGUGGGGGAAGACGUACGGAGAGCACAAGCGCCACCUGGAGUUCAGUCAUGAGCAGUACAGGGAGCUGCAGAGAUACGCUGCUGAAGUGGGCAUCUUCUUCACCGCCUCAGGAAUGGACGAGAUGGCUGUAGAAUUUCUUCAUGAACUCAACGUCCCUUUCUUCAAAGUCGGCUCCGGCGACACCAACAACUUCCCCUACCUCGAGAAAACAGCUCAGAAAGGUCGCCCCAUGGUGGUCUCCAGUGGGAUGCAGUCUAUGGAGACGAUGCGGCGAGUGUAUCAGACGGUGAAGAAGCACAACCAGAACUUCUGCAUCCUGCAGUGUACGAGCGCGUACCCGCUGGAGCCCGAGGACGUCAACCUGCGCGUCAUCACGGAAUACCAGAAGGAGUUCCCGGACAUUCCGAUUGGCUACUCGGGCCAUGAGUCGGGCAUCAGCAUCACGGUGGGUGCGGUGGCUCUGGGGGCAAAGGUGGUCGAGCGUCAUGUGACCCUGGAUAAAAGCUGGAAGGGUAGCGACCACGCGGCGUCGCUGGAGCCCAGCGAGCUGGCCGAGCUGGUGCGGGCAGUCCGGACUGUGGAGAGAGCACUGGGCAGCGGGGUCAAACGCAUGCUGCCCUGUGAGGUGCCCUGCCAUGAUAAGCUGGGUAAGUCCGUGGUGGCUAAAACGGCGAUUCCUAAGGGAACGGAGUUGACCCUGGACCUGCUGACGGUGAAGGUAGCCGAACCGAAGGGUGUGGCUCCUGAGGACAUUUUCCAGCUGGUGGGGAAGAAGGUGCUGGUGGACAUCGAGGAGGACGAGAGCGUGACUGAGAGAGCUUCAUUGAGAACAUCGAGGAGGUCGAGAGCGUGACUGAAGAGAGCUUCAUUGAGAACAUCGAGGAGGUCGAGAGCGUGACUGAAGAGAGCUUCCUUGAGAACAUCGAGGAGGUUGAGAGCGUGACUGAAGAGAGCAUUAUGAACAUCGUGGAGGACAGGACCGUUAUUACCCUGGCGGGACAAUAACAAACUCGUUUCUCAGUAAGUCGAAUGAUUGACCAAUCCUGGCCCCACCCACAAAUGCACUCUUUUUGUAGGUACUGUUGCUAGGCUGGUCAUGUUUUACAGAACACUGAUUAAAAUCCCAUUAAACCUAAUGAGAAACUGUCGAACAGACUCAGUUUAUAUCACAAUACCUACAUUUAUAGUACAUAAACUUGAGUUGAGUUCUACAGUUUCCCUUUAGGUUGAAUGAAUAACUGACUCUAAAGGUAUUUAUUGUGAUAUAAACUGAGUUUGUUCUACAGUUUCUCAUUAGGCUGAAAGGGAUUUUAACCAGCUUGCAGUAGUUGCUAAUGCUGUGUAAGAACUCAUUUGUGGGUGGAGCAUUAAAAGUCCAGUAUAAGCUCAAACUGCACUCUGUCCAAUGGAAAAGUCUUCUCCUGUUGGGCAGGUUCACCUUCUGGCUUAACUUGUCUGGCUAACUGUUUUGUGAAAUGCCUCUCAGAGCACUUUGUGGGUUGAUCAUUUGCCAAACACUGAAAUAAAUGACAAAUUCAACAAAGUU